AGCGCCCGCGGAGCUCCGAAGCCCUGAGGGAACUGGCUCCCGACUCCAGCUCUGCGGCGCCGGACCCUUGAGUUGGGCUUUGCGCGCAGGACAGACCAUGAAGCUGAAGGAGCUUGAGCGACAAGCUGUCCAAGUGUGGAGCCCAGCCAGCCAGUACCCUGUGUAUCUGGCCACAGGAACAUCUGCCCAGCAGCUAGAUGCCUCCUUUAGUACAGAUGGCACAUUGGAAAUCUUUGAGGUUGAUUUCAGGGACCCCUCUCUGGACUUGAAACGCAAGGGAGUCCUUUCUGCCUCCAGCAGGUUUCACAAGCUGAUCUGGGGGAGCUUUGGCAGUGGGCUUCUGGAAGCCUCCGGGGUCAUUGCAGGCGGCGGGGACAAUGGCAUGCUUACUCUGUACAAUGUGACCCACAUCUUGUCUUCGGGAAAGGAGCCUGUGAUUGCCCGGAGACAGAAGCACUCUGGGGCUGUCAGAGCCCUUGACUUUAAUCCUUUCCAGGGAAACCUCCUGGCCUCAGGGGCCAAUGAUUCUGAAAUCUUCAUUUGGGAUUUGAAUAACCUGAGUGUGCCAAUGACCCCAGGAUCCAAGUCACAGUAUCGUGAGCAGCCGCUGGAAGAUAUCAAGGCUCUCUCUUGGAACCGUCAAGUUCAACACAUUCUGUCUUCUGCUCACCCCAGCGGCAAGGCAGUCGUGUGGGAUCUCAGGAAGAAUGAACCUAUCAUCAAAGUCAGUGAUCACAGCAAUCGGAUGCACUGCUCAGGCCUGGCCUGGCACCCAGAUGUCGCCACCCAGUUGGUGCUCUGUUCAGAAGAUGAUCAUCUUCCAGUAAUUCAGCUGUGGGACUUGCGCUUUGCCUCCUCACCCCUAAAGGUGCUGGAGAGUCACAGCAGGGGGAUCCUGUCAGUGUCAUGGAGUCAGGCUGAUGCUGAGCUGCUGCUCAGUAGUGCCAAGGACAACCAGAUCUUGUGCUGGAACCUAGGGAGCAGCGAGGUGGUGUAUAAACUACCCACGCUGAGCAGCUGGUGCUUUGAUGUGCAGUGGUGCCCUCGGGACCCUUUGGUGUUCUCCGCUGCCUCCUUUGAUGGCUGGAUCAAUUUAUACUCUGUGAUGGGUAGGAGCUGGGAAGUCCAGCAGAUGAGACAGGCUGACAAGAUCUCGUCUUCCUUCAGCAAAGGCCAGCCUCUCCCACCAUUGCAAGUGCCAAAGCAAGUGGCCCAAGCAUCACUGAUACCUCCCCUGAAAAAACCCCCCAAAUGGAUGCGGAGGCCAGCAGGUGUUUCAUUUGCUUUUGGGGGCAAGCUGGUGACCUUUGGCCUCCCCAGCACCCCUGUCCAUCAGGUGCCACAGCCUUGCCUCCGCCUAGUCUUUAUCAGUCAGGUCACCACAGAACCUGAACUCCUGACACAGUCAGCUGAGCUGCAGGAAGCCCUGGGAUCAGGAAAUCUCCUGAAUUACUGUCAGAACAAGAUCCACCAAUCAUCACUGCAAAGCGAAAAGAUGCUCUGGCAGUUCCUGAAGGUGACUUUAGAGAAGGACUCCAGGAUGAAAUUCCUGAAGCUAUUAGGACACAGUAAAGAUGAACUUCAGAAGAAGGUGGCCACAUGGUUGAGGAGUGAUUUGAGGCUGGGUGAGAGCCCUCAGUCCAAGGGAGAUGACCUCAACAGUAACAGACAACAGGCAUUCUCCAUACAGACCUCCAAACAUACCACCUGGGAAGCCUCGGCCUCCUCAGCUUUCUUUGAUGAGCUGAUCCCUCAAAACAUGAUUCCGUGGGAGAUCCCCAUCACAGAAGACACGGAGGGACUCCUGAGCCGGGCUCUCCUGCUUGGAGAACUGGGCCCUGCCGUGGAGCUGUGUCUGAAAGAAGAGCGCUUUGCUGAUGCCAUCAUCCUGGCCCAGGCUGGAGGCUCAGAUCUGCUGAAGCAAGCACAGGAGCGCUACUUGGCCAAGAAGAAAACCGGAAUCGCCCCGCUGCUAGCCUGCAUUAUACAGAAGAAUUGGAAAGACAUGGUACAUACCUGUAGCCUGAAGAACUGGAGAGAGGCUCUGGCCUUGCUGCUGACAUACUCAGAGCCAGAGAAAUUCCCCGAGCUCUGUGACAGGCUGGGAACUCGUAUGGAGCAGGAGAGUGGCUGGGCACUCACCUCUGAAGCCAGACUCUGUUACGUAUGCUCAGGGAGUGUGGAGCGGCUGGUGGAGUGCUGGGCAAAAUGCCAGCCGGCUUCAUCCCCUAUGGCUUUACAGGACCUGAUGGAGAAAGUGAUGGUCCUUAACAGGAGCUUGGAGCUACUGUGGGGUCCUGAUGGGGUGAGCCCAGGCCCUGCCACAACCUACAGAAUCACUCAGUAUGCCAACCUCCUGGCAGCCCAGGGCAGCCUGGCCACUGCCAUGAGCUACCUACCCAGUGACUGUGCUCAGCUACCAGUUCAGCAGCUGAGAGAUCGACUUUUUCACGCCCAGGGUUCUGGUGUCUCGGGCCAACAGUCUCCCCCUUUCCCUUUUCCCCGGGUUGUCGUGGGAGCUACCCCCUACUCUCAAGAGACAUCCUCUUCCAGACUGAAAUUCCAGUCUUCUCACCAGGUUCCAAUUCUACCUCCAAGGCCAAGGAUUUUUACACCUCAGUCAUCACUAGUGAUGCCCUUGACACCUUCCCAUCCUAGCCCUUAUCAGGGCUUCAGAAUGCAGAAUACAAGUGACUACAGGCCAUCUGGAGUCCAGGAAGCACAGCCUUUGCCUCUGGGCCCUGGGGUAAGGCCUGCUUUAUCUCAGCCUCAGCUGUUAGGAGGGCAAAGGGCGCAAGCUCCUAACCCCGUGGGAUUCCCUGGAACAUGGCCUCUCCUGGCUCCACCCAUGGCACCCUCAGACAUUAUGCAGCCUGGCUCUGUCCCCCUGUCUAGGGCUCCUCCAGUGCCCCCUCUGUUUCCUGUGAGAGCACCAGGCUUCAUCCCUAUGAGCUCCCAGCCACCAGCCCCUCCUGUCAGCUUCCCUGCGGCCCACCUUCCAGGAGGGCCAGGUGCUCCAUGCGCUGGUGUCUUCCCAACCACUGGCAUCUUGAUUCCUCACCCAGGACCUCAGGAUUCCUUGAAAAAUGCUCCAGUGCCCAAGGGAAACCUCCAGAGGAAAAAGUUGCCAGAGACAUUUAUACCCCCAGCACCAAUUACUGCUCCAGUUAUGUGCCUCGCCCCUGAGCCUCGAGGGGUCCUCUCCUCACAACCCGCUGUCCCCAGUCAAUGUCAGCAGCCACUGGAGAAGGUCAACAGGAAGGAGCUGCCCCCUGAACACCAGUCCUUGAAGAUCAGCUUUGAGGCACUUCUGCAGCGCUGCUCCCUAUCUGCCACUGAUUUAAAGACAAAACGGAAGCUAGAUGAAGCUGCGCAACGUCUAGAAUGUCUGUAUGACAAGCUCUGCGAGGGGACACUCUCGCCUCCUGUGCUGGCCGGGCUCCAUGAGAUUGCCCGAUGUGUGGACGCAGGAAGCUCUGAGCAGGGCCUUGUGGUGCAUGCCCAGGUGGUGGGCUGCAGCAGCUUCAGUGAGGUCUCCAGCUUCAUGCCUGUCCUGAAGUCUGUCCUCACCAUUGCUCAUAAGCUGCACGUCUAAACCAGCUCCUCCUGCCAGACCACUUUCACUGUUACUUAAUUCCUUCCUGCAGGAAGGGAAUUUUGGAACAGAUUCUGUUUGUUUUUCCGAGGCUUCCUCCCUUGCUGCCAGGUAUAUGAUGCUGUAGACUUGGCUCCAAACGAGCAGAGUGCCUGCUCUCUACCCCUUUAUGCCUGGCCCUCUGGGAUCUGCCCAGGGCUCAGUCAGCCUGUUCUCCUUCACUUCCCCUAAAACUAUACUCCAACAGCCUUCUCCCCCAGGGGCAUUCUGUCCAAGUGGUUUCUGAGAGGGUGAGCAGGAUCAUCUUUUCAAGUCUACCUCUGCCGUGCCCAUCGUGUGGGUCUUUUGUCUUUCCCCUUCUGUGGGUUAUGAGCCUGACUUUACCUUCUCCUUGCCUCUGACUUCAUGUUUCCAUACUUCCCUGAGCCCCAGAGACUGGAGUAGAGUUGACUGCUGCUCAGCCUUUCAACAAAUCCUAGACAUGAGUGAUGGGUGCUGAGCAGAACCAAGAGAAGGAACUCAGGCCCUUUGAAGAAGGGACUUCUCCUCUGCCAGCAUUGUUAAGGGUGAACUAGGUGAGGUGGAGGGUGGAAGGGGUGCACUGCCUUUUGCUGAGAGUUGUCUUAAGCUAUGGGAUAGGAGCAGAGGGAUCACUGCCCAUGGGGAGCAGCCCCUGACUCAGCCUGCCUGAGUCCUGGCCCAGGCAAGAUAUAGACCCAUUCAUUCUGUGAUUAGAAGCCUGGUUCUGGAAUAGGAGCCAUAUUAAUGAAAGACUCUUCUGGCACUCUUCUUCAAGACUUGGAGGCCCUUCUUCCCUACCCUCUCCGGCUGCACUUUCAUGGUUGGACUCUGCACUGA